AUGGCUAAAGGCAAAAAUAACUCUUUCCAUCACCACAAAAGAAAAGCUUUUCUGAAAGCCCUUGGCAUAAAACAUGACAAGGACAAGGUACGAUCUAAGGGAAAAGAUAUAAGAACGGUUCCAAUGGAGAGAAGUGCCGGUAUAUUUACUGAUAUACCCAUACCGGAUGUUCAUGAAACUUCACAUACUAAUGAUAUGGAAGUCUUGAGAGAUUAUAACAUGUCAAAUUUUAACACUAAAGGCUAUUUCAAUAUCCCCAUCAAGAUAGAAUUGGAUAAAAAUAACAGUCUAAGUAGGACAACGUCGUUAAAAUCUACGUCCAAAAAUCCCAGCGCCAAACAGGAAGCAGAAACUAGGAUUGCCACUACCAAUGCAGGUGGAACUUACCAGAACAUUUUUGGGACUUUUUUCACCAAGACACAAAAUGGACAGGAGUCGUCUGGACAGACCCGUGAAGGAACAAAAAUGGGUAACGGUAAUCUGCUCUUGGAUACCGUUGCAAGAGAUACAUUGUUAACUUCCAAAGAGGAUCCCACACAUUCUAGUAUGAGAGAAGACAGUAAGAGUAGGCCCACAACAUUGACGCCAUCAAAAUUAUUGAAUUCGUCAGAAAGUGAUUUGACAAAAGUACUGACAGAGUCUAAAAGAAUUGGCUCUGCUGCUGCUGCUGCUGAUGAUGAUGAUAAUGAUGAUGUUCUACCUCAUAGACGGUCAUUAGACGCGAAAUCUUUAUUGUCUCAAAAGAAGCAGCACCAUAAAUCAUUUUCUAGUUCUGGAAUCAAUAACACUGAUAGAAAGGGUAGAUCGCCUUCUACAAGCUUGUCCAAACCCUUACGAAAAAGAUCAUUUUCUCCAUCCACGAUUGGAAUGAAGGUUUUCCCACUCCCCUCGAAUGCACUCAAGUAUUCCAUAAAUAAAGUUAAAACAGGCGCUGACGUUACAAAAAGAUCUUCUAGUAACUUCUUUCCUUCACCCUCAUUUGAUUUCGAUACCCCAGGGCUAGAUAAUGAUGAUCAAGAGGAAGAUAUUUAUACUGGAUUAAAAGACAUAUCGUUUGCCUCUGAACGGAAAAACAAGGAAUUCCACGCCAUAUUCAAGAAUGCACCACCGGAGGAGAGAUUGGUCGAGGACCACGGCUGUGCAUUGUCGAAGGACAUAUUAUUACAUGGUAAAUUAUACAUUGCAGAGUUUAGUAUCUACUUCUACUCGAAUAUCCUUGGAUUUAUCACAACUGUAGUGAUACCAUUCAAAGAGAUAGUACAAAUGGAGAAAAGAACUACAGCGGCAAUUUUCCCAAAUGCAAUUUCUAUUGAUACAUUACAAACAAAGUACUUGUUUGCCUCGUUUCUUUCAAGAGACUUAGUAUUUGAUACAAUAACAGAAAUCUGGAAUCAAAGUGUCCUCGAAAGGAGAAUGAAUACUGUAGAUAACGAUAAAAACGAAACAAACUCAACAGCCUCGGAAGAUUUGUACUCGAACAACGAUGAUAUGACCGACGUCACAUCUACUGAGGAUAUACAGAACGGAAAACAACAUCGUCGUCACCGCAGUAAAUCUACAGGAACGAUAAGUGAUUCCAUUCCGUGCCUGGGCCCUAAAACACAUCCUCCAACCAGCUUUGACCAUACACCAAAUGAUAAUGAGAGAUUGACUCUUGAAACCGUCAUACAUGCGCCACUGGGCCAGAUUGUUAAUAUACUAUUUGGUAACGAUACAUCCCCAUUAAUUGACAUAUUAAAAGCACAGAAAAAUUACGACAUUUCUUCAAUACCCAAGAUUAUAGAUACGAAAUCUCGUUCAUACAACUACGUUAAGCCAAUAAAUGGAUCCAUAGGGCCAAACAAGACAAAAUGUGUCAUAAGCGAAAAGCUGGACAACUAUGAUUUAGAAGAUUAUGUCCAAAUGACACAAAUAACGAAAAAUCCUGAUGUACCUUCUGGAAAUGCCUUUCAAGUAAAAAUGGUGUAUUUGCUGUGUUGGGAUAGUAAUAAUGGUACAAAAUUAGCGAUCUAUACUUCUGUUGAAUGGUCUGGGAAAUCAUGGAUAAGAGGUGCUAUUGAGAAAGGUACAUUUGAUGGUGUUUCUGAUACUACAAAGACAAUGGUUAGUGAAAUUAAUAGAAUGUUAAAAGACAAAAAAUGGAAGAAGCCUACUGCGGAAGUGGUCGCUUUUGAAGGCGAACAGGAAGAAGAAGAAGAGGAGGAGGAGGAGGCUAAUGGUUUACCUCGCUUAGAACCUUUCACUCACGCGGCCACUAAAGCAGAUAUUGUCAAAGAAAAAAAUGACGUUGUAAUUGAUGAAAAUGUAAAUAUUCCGGCUUCAUUAGGCACAGUUUAUCAACUAUUGUUUGGUGAUGACACUUCCUAUUUAAAGUCAAUCAUUGAAAAGCAAGACAACUUCAAUUUAUCAGAUAUUCCAAGGUUCAAUAAUGAUUGCAGAGAAUAUGAUUAUAUUAAAAGGUUAGGAGGCUCAAUAGGACCUAAGCAAACGAAAUGUUUCAUAACAGAGACUAUAGAACAUAAGGAUAUGAACACAUAUAUCUUGGUAAAGCAAAUUUCCAAAACUCCCGAUGUUCCAUCAGGUAAUAGUUUUUCAGUACAAAGUAAAAUUUACCUGUCAUGGGGUCAAAAUAAUACGACAAACUAUAGUGUUGUCACCAGUGUCGUUUGGUCAGGGAAAUCUUUUUUGAAAAGCGCCAUUGAGAAAGGCUCUAUUGAUGGUCAAAAGGCCACUAAUAAAAUAUUAGUCGAUGAGUUAAGGAAUAUCAUAAUUAAUGCAACUACAAAGAAGAAGUCAAGAAAGAGAAAGCUUGCAAAAACGAAGAAAGUAUCUAAAGCGGGAGAAGGAAUUGAAAUUACUAUCGAACAACCAACUGUGGUGGAACAUCCUUCUCUAGAAGGCAAAUUGGUAUCUUUGGCGAAAACUGCUUCCGAAUUGUUUACCAACACAUCAAUCAAGACAAUUAUUACUACCUUUACUGCACUAUUCAUUUUUAUUUCAAUACUGAGACCAAUGUUUAUGAAUAAAACACAGCAAAAUUACAAUAUAAUGAGACCUGGUAAAAUCCUUAUUGAUGGGAACGAGUACGAUUUUGUCCCAAGUUUAAGGACUAUAUACCAAGUCUACGAAAAUGAUAUUACAAGGCGUGGCAAUGCUCAGGGUGCACGUUAUCAAGUCGAGGGGUCAAUUUGGGAUUGGAUUAACGAUCGUGGUGAUACGGAAUUGCAUCACAAUAUAAUGGAACGAGAACGGAAAGUGCAAAAAGAGGAGCUCGAUCAAAAGACUAGGGUUCAGGGCUUACUCGAUGCUAUUAGUGUGGCUAGUGCUCAAAUAGAAGAAAUGAAGCAGAGAGUAAACGAAUUGCAAAAAAAUGUAGAUGAUUCUUAG